AUGUCAGCUUCUAACGCAUCGUGUAUAUUUUGCAAAAUUAUUAAGGGAGAAAUCCCAUCAUUCAAGUUAAUUGAGACCAAAUUAACGUACUCUUUCUUGGAUAUUCAACCAACUGCGGAAGCACACUGCUUGAUUAUUCCUAAGUAUCACGGAGCCAAAUUGCAUAGUAUUCCAGAUGAAUACUUAGCAGAUAUAUUGCCAGUCACUAAGAAAUUAGCCAAGUUGCUCAAAUUGGACGAAAACAAUACUCUAGAUGGCGAGGGCUACAAUGUGUUACAGAACAACGGACGUAUUGCACACCAAGUGGUGGACCACGUCCACUUCCAUCUUAUUCCUAAGAAGGAUGAAGCCACUGGAUUGGGAGUCGGGUGGCCUGCAGCGGAAACCGAUUUCCCUAAGUUGGAAGAGUUGCACAAAAAGUUACAAGCACAAUUGAACGAUGAAAAAUUAUGA